AUGGCAACUGAAUACAUGAAAAACAAAGAGAUUUCUAAAACGAUAAAAGAAAAAAAUAAAAAUGUAAAUGAAGAAGAUUUUAGUAAAAUAAUAUAUAAUAUUCGCAAAGAGAUAGUACUUAUAUCUUAUAAUGAAGGUAUUAAUUUACAAAAUGAAAUUAAUGUAUGGAUGGCUAAUGAAAUGGAAUCUCCUUAUAUUGUUAUAGAAAUAGAAAAAGGUUUAGAAAAUUAUGUUAAAGAAGUUUUAAAAGUUGAUAAUGUAACAAAAGAAAUGAUUGAUGAAUAUAUUAAGACAGCAAAUAAAUAUACUUUAUUAUCACAUGGUAGAAAAUUUGAUAAUUUAUUAGCAAAAGAAACAGAUUUA